UUCCAACUUUUUUUUUAGGCUUGCCAGAGCCCCUGAGCCAUGGGUGACGUUAAGGAUUUUCUGUAUGCCUGGUGCGGCAAAAGAAAGAUGACGCCAUCCUAUGAGAUCAGAGCCGUGGGCAACAAGAACCGGCAGAAGUUCAUGUGUGAGGUUCGAGUGGAAGGGUACAAUUACACUGGUAUGGGCAAUUCCACCAACAAAAAGGACGCGCAGAGCAAUGCUGCCAGAGACUUCCUCAACUACCUGGUGCGAAUCAACCAAGUCAGGAGUGAGGACGUCCCAGCUAUGGGGCUCGCCCCUCCUCUGCCCACACUUACGGACGGACCUAACAGCAACAUGGCCAAUGCCGGAGGGUUACCAACUACCAUGGGGGGACCGCUCCCUCCACAUCUGGCUCUCAAGGCAGAAAAUAAUUCUGGAGUUGGGGCAUCUGGCUAUGGUCCUCCCGGGCCCACGUGGGACAGAGGAGCCAACCUGAAGGACUACUACUCAAAAAAGGAGGAGCAGGAAGUCCAGGCGACUCUGGAGUCAGAGGAAGUGGAUUUAAAUGCCGGACUUCAUGGAAACUGGACCCUGGAAAACGCCAAAGCGCGUCUGAACCAGUAUUUCCAGAAGGAAAAGAUCCAAGGGGAAUAUAAGUACACCCAAGUGGGUCCUGAUCACAACAGGAGCUUUAUUGCAGAAAUGACCAUUUAUAUCAAGCAGCUGGGCAGAAGGAUCUUUGCACGUGAACAUGGAUCAAACAAGAAGUUGGCGGCCCAGUCCUGCGCCCUGUCUCUGGUCAGACAGCUCUAUCAUCUCGGAGUGAUUGAACCUUACUCCGGACUUACAAAGAAGAAGGAAGGCGAGACAGUGGAGCCUUACAUAGUGAAUCUCUCUCAAGACUUGGAGCUUCAGCUGCAGAACACAGUUCAGGAGCUGAACCUUGAAGUUGUGCCCCCUCCCCAUGACCCCUCCAUGCCAGUCGUUCUCAACAUUGGCAAACUGGCUCACUUCGAACCAUCGCAGCGGCAGAACCAUGUGGGAGUGGUGCCCUGGUCCCCCCCGCAGUCGAACUGGAACCCUUGGACCAGCAGCAACAUCGAUGAGGGGCCGCUGGCCUACGCCACUCCAGAACAGAUAAGCAUGGACCUCAAAAAUGAGUUGAUGUACCAGCUGGAACAGGAUCAGGAUUUGCAGGCGGUCUUGCAGGAGAGAACGUUGCUUCCUGUGAAGAAGUUUGAAGAUGAAAUCCUCGAUGCGAUUAGUCAGAAUUCAGUUGUCAUAAUCCGAGGGGCCACGGGGUGUGGCAAAACCACGCAGGUUCCCCAGUUUAUUCUAGACGACUUCAUCCAGAGUGGCCGAGCAGCAGAGUGCAACAUUGUCGUCACACAGCCCAGGAGGAUCAGUGCAGUGUCCGUGGCAGAGCGGGUGGCCUACGAGCGCGGCGAGGAGCCCGGGAAGAGUUGUGGCUACAGCGUGCGCUUUGAGUCCAUUCUGCCCCGGCCGCACGCCAGCAUCAUGUUCUGCACCGUAGGUGUGCUCCUGAGGAAGUUGGAAGCAGGCAUUCGAGGCAUCAGUCAUGUGAUUGUGGAUGAAAUACACGAGAGAGACAUUAACACCGACUUCCUGUUGGUUGUACUGCGUGAUGUGGUUCGGGCUUAUCCGGAAGUUCGCAUUGUUCUCAUGUCAGCUACGAUUGACACCAGCAUGUUCUGUGAAUAUUUCUUCCAUUGCCCAAUCAUUGAAGUUUAUGGGAGGACUUACCCAGUUCAAGAGUACUUUCUGGAAGACUGCAUUCAGAUGACCCAGUUUGUUCCUCCACCAAAGGACAAAAAGAAGAAGGAUAAAGACGACGAUGGCGGUGAGGACGAUGAUGCAAAUUGCAACCUGAUCUGUGGGGACGAGUACGGCCCAGAGACGAGGCUGAGCAUGGCCCAGCUGAACGAGAAGGAGACCCCGUUCGAGCUCAUUGAGGCCCUGCUGAAGUACAUUGAGACCCUGAAUGUGCCUGGCGCUGUGCUCGUGUUCCUGCCUGGCUGGAACCUCAUCUAUACCAUGCAGAAGCAUUUGGAAAUGAACCCGCAUUUUGGGAGCCAUAGGUACCAGAUCCUGCCUCUGCACUCGCAGAUCCCCCGAGAGGAGCAGCGCAAGGUGUUCGACCCAGUACCGAAUGGAGUGACCAAGGUUAUUUUAUCCACAAACAUUGCUGAGACGAGCAUUACCAUUAAUGAUGUGGUUUACGUCAUUGACUCCUGCAAGCAGAAAGUGAAGCUGUUCACCGCUCACAACAACAUGACCAACUAUGCCACAGUGUGGGCAUCCAAAACUAACCUGGAGCAGCGCAAAGGGCGCGCCGGGCGUGUGCGGCCUGGCUUCUGCUUCCACCUCUGCAGCCGUGCACGCUUUGAGAGGCUUGAAACCCACAUGACACCAGAGAUGUUCCGGACACCGCUACAUGAGAUUGCUCUGAGCAUAAAACUGCUGCGCCUUGGGGGCAUCGGCCAGUUCCUGGCCAAGGCCAUCGAGCCACCUCCGCUGGAUGCCGUGAUUGAAGCAGAGCACACGCUGAGAGAGCUGGACGCGCUGGACGCCAAUGAUGAGUUGACUCCUCUGGGCCGGAUCCUCGCCAAACUCCCCAUUGAGCCUCGCCUCGGCAAAAUGAUGAUCAUGGGGUGUAUUUUCUAUGUGGGGGAUGCUGUGUGCACCAUCUCUGCGGCCACCUGCUUCCCAGAGCCGUUCAUCAACGAGGGAAAGCGCCUGGGCUAUGUGCAUCGGAACUUUGCUGGAAACAGGUUUUCCGACCACGUGGCCCUGUUGUCGGUAUUCCAGGCCUGGGACGAUGCAAGAAUGAGUGGGGAGGAGGCAGAGAUUCGCUUCUGUGAUCACAAAAGGCUCAACAUGGCUACCCUGAGGAUGACUUGGGAGGCUAAAGUUCAGCUGAAAGAGAUCCUGAUCAAUUCUGGGUUUCCAGAAGACUGUUUGUUGACACAAGUGUUCACUAACACUGGGCCGGAUAACAACCUGGACGUGGUUAUCUCUCUCCUGGCCUUUGGCGUGUACCCCAACGUGUGCUACCACAAGGAGAAGAGGAAGAUCCUCACCACCGAGGGCCGCAACGCGCUGAUCCACAAGUCCUCUGUGAACUGCCCUUUCAGCAGCCAGGACAUGAAGUACCCGUCCCCCUUCUUUGUAUUUGGUGAGAAGAUUCGCACCCGAGCCAUCUCUGCCAAGGGCAUGACCCUCGUCACCCCCCUGCAGCUGCUUCUCUUUGCCUCCAAGAAGGUCCAGUCUGACGGCCAGAUUGUGCUUGUGGACGACUGGAUCAGGCUGCAGAUGAGCCACGAAGCUGCUGCCUGCAUCACUGCCCUGCGGGCUGCCAUGGAAGCCCUGGUGGUGGAGGUGACCAAGCAGCCCAGCAUCAUCGGGCAGCUGGACCCGGCCAACGAGCACAUGCUGAACACCAUCCGCCAGAUCUCCCGGCCCUCGGCUGCGGGCAUCAGCCUCAUGGUGGGCAGCACACGGUAUGGAGAUGGCCCCCGGCCCCCCAAGAUGGCACGCUACGACAAUGGGGGUGGAUACAGAAGGGGGGGCUCCGGCUACGGCGGUGGAGGCUACGGCGGUGGAGGCUACGGCAGCGGCUACGGUGGGGGCGGCUACGGUGGAGGCGGCGGCUACAGAGGAGGGGCCCGGGGCGGCUUCAGAGGUGGCUCAGGCGGGGACUACAGGGGGCCUGGGCGAGGAGGCUACCGAGGGGGCGGGGGUUUCCAGCGGGGCGGUGGCAGGGGCGCCUACGGCGGGGGCUACUUUGGGCAGGGCAGGGGUGGCGGGGGCUAUUAGGGUUGGUCGUGCCAGUGCUUGUGCUUAGGGAGUUAGACCAGUGCAUGUCCCAUGUUUUCCCAAGAGGUUCUGCCCGUGUGCUGUGGCCUCACCCAGUCUGUAGUUCAUUGGAGUUCCAGGAAACCCAGCGUCUGGAUCCAUCAGUGGUCCUGUUUAUAUUGUGUAAGAUAUAGGCCGUUAUAAAGGUACCACCGUUUCUAUUUUUUUCUUUAGGUUUUUGCGCUUAAAGUUAACUUGUUUUU